CGGAGGCAGCACAGACGGAAAGCAACUUACAGGAAGUCAAACUUCAGGAAUUUGUUGGCUUCGACAGCUCUCGUACAAAUCGGACAGAAAAAAAAUCUGGACGUCCGUUUUGUUGCUGAGCAGCUGGCUUGUAGCAAUGGACAAGCUUCGUCGUGUGCUCAGCGGCCGAGAGGAGAAUGAAGAGCUGGGCCUGACAGCACAGGUCCUCGAUUCCAGCACUCUCAGUUUCAGCACCAGGGUGAAAUGGUUUUUCAUAUGCUUUGCUUCAGGCGUCCUGUGUUCGAUUCUCGGCACAGCGCUACUGUUCCUUCCCAAAGGUCUCAGCCUUUUCGCCGUCUUUUACACUCUUGGCAAUGUUGCAGCACUUGCCAGCACCUGCUUCCUAAUGGGACCUUUAAAACAGCUGAAGCGCAUGUUUGAACCAACCAGACUGAUAGCCACCGUCGUUAUGCUGCUCUGCCUCGUUUUAACACUCUGUGCCGUGUUUUGGUGGCAUAAAAAGGGAUUGGCAAUCAUCUUCUGUAUUCUGCAGUUUUUGGCCAUGACAUGGUAUAGCAUUUCUUACAUUCCAUUCGCCAGGGAUGCUGUGAUGAAGUGCUUCACAACCUGUCUCAGUUAAAUCUCAUGACCCCAGAAUUUCCUUGAAGACUGGUCCUAAUACACAAACUGCAAGAGUGGUGAUUUUGUAAAGUAAACAUCAAUACACACCCUGGAUCUCUAAAUACUUUGGUAUGGCUAUUUCAUACUGUGAAUUCUUGCCUGUCAGGUAUAGCUAAAAGAGCUAUAUCAGCUAUAUUUGGAUCAACAACAACAUUCUCUGUCUUUUGCUUUUAAUAUCAGAAUGACGAGUGCCUUUGAUGCCUAAUAUAUUUAAAGAGAUUGCUAUAUUUUCCUGAUGAUUUUUAAGCCAUUUGAUUGCAGGGAUUCAAGUUUGGGAUAUGUACCUUUAUACACAAACGACCAAGUACAUAUUAUAUUUUAAACAGUUUCACUUUUUUCCUUUUUUUUUUUUUUUUGAUGGUCUGGUUUCAUACACUCAAGCAUCAUUAAAGCUUUGUUUCUAUUUUCUGUCUGUUCAUGAGGCACUGAUGUAUAAAAAACAUUUUCCAGAUGCUAUUCCAUGUUUUUAUGUGAUUAUUUUCCCUUUGGCAAGUUACUGCUUCACUGAUAUUGCACUGAGAUACAUACUGUCUACAGCUUCUUCUUCUUUUUUUUCUCUCUCAUUGAAGAUAUAAGAAAAGCACUCCUGUCUUAUGUGUGUCAAUAUUCAGUGUGUAUUUGAAAAUACCUGCGACUUCACUCAAUUAAAUCUUCUCACAAUCUGCA